AUGGAAGCAUCGGAAGAUGACAAGACCGUUGCAAUAAGUAGACUGCCACCAAAGAAAAAACCAGGAAGACCUCCGAAUAAGCCAAAAACAGAUGGAAAUGUUCCAGAUGCCUCGGUCAAGGUUGAUUCAAAGAAUGAAAGUGCUCCUGCAUCGUCAAAGAGUGGAGACCAACCAAGAAAAAGAGGUCGACCGAAAACAUCAAAAAGUUCUACAAAAGUCAAAGGUCCAUUUGGAAGAGGACCUGGAAGACCACCGAAGACAGAAACGGAUUCAUCACAAAAUUCUUCAGCCCAGGUAAAACGACCACGUGGAAGACCACCAAAGAGUAAAGCUGUACAAGAGGGUGAUCAGGGAGCUCCAACACAGAAUCACCAAGCAGCUGAAAGCGGAACGAAUGAAGCAAAUGGCAGUGGGAGUUCGGGACAAAAUGACUUACAAGACCAUACUGAAUUCCUUCGAAUAGUAUUGGAAGAGCAUGAAAGAGUCAACAACUUGAAUGAAAUGACUCCCAACACGGGCACAUCAUCGUCCUCUAUCUCCUUGCCAGCAUCACCAGCUAAUUCUCAAGCUACACACCCAGUAGUUGAUGAAACCGAACAAUUGCCUCAAGUGGAUGAACCAGAAAAUCGCACUAUUCCCACUGAUGCUGAAAAUAUAACCAGUGCGGCAAUCACAUCUAGUUUUUCAACAAUCCAAAAUCACGACGUUGUAGUGGAACCCAACCCAGCGACUGAUAGGCAGAAUGGAUUUCUGAGUUUUGUCACACAUGCUUCAUGUAACUUGGUUCCACUUGAAGAAGAUGUUGCCGGUCCCUCUUCUUCUAUUUCUCUCGCUCCAGAACCUUCUACCGCCACUUCUCAACACGUUUCUCAACCCAAUGAAGCUGCCUCUUUUUGGAAACCAAGUAAAAGUGAGCUGGAUUUGGCUGAGUUUAUCGGUAUGACGGUUUGUAAAAGGAUGCGUGAGUCACAAGGAUUGCCGCAACCCGUAGGAUUGAAUUCUAAUGAAACGGCUUCCACGUCCCCAGCUCGCCAGUGCUCUUUGCCUGAGACAGUCACAGUAAGAGACGUUUUAAUACCAGCUACACAGAGAAAAGAACAACGACCCCGACGUCCACAAAAUAGACGGACUCGUGUCGCCCAACAUUCACAACCAACAUUGCCAACCAAUGAUUCAGGACCAGCUGCUGCUGCUCAGAAGCUUCCAAAUACUCCAAACUUAAACUGUGAUGGAUCCUUACCCGGAACAUCAGGGAUUCCACCUACUAGGAAGUCCGCUAAACAAGAAACGUCCAGAGCUGACCAGUCAAUGCCUGCUUUGAUGCCUGCUCCAGUCCCAGCAAACGACACACCCAUGACGUCUGGGCCAUUGCACAGUUCUGAAAACCAAUCACAACUUACAUUACAAAGCUCUGAGAAUUUUCAAAAGGAGCAAAUUUGUUUCGGCAACCUUCCAGCGUUACCAUUCAAUGUUAUCGGGGUUCCUGUUAUAAAUCUUCCUGGUUUUCCAGUAGAUCUCCGAAGCUUUCUGAACCCGAAGGGAUCAUUGCCGAGUGCAUCUGGGAUUCCAUCUGUUACCCAAGAAACGCCACCCACUUCUUCAACUGGCCAGUGUGCUUUGCCCGCUACUGUCACAGUGAAAGACAUUUUACUACCAUCUACGCAGAGAAGUGGAAAACGAGUUCAACGUCCACCACAGCGGGCUGAAAACCCACAGAAGAAAAAGAUUCGUUUCGCCUGGCCAUCCAUGUCAUCCGAUUUUCCUGAAAUUCCUGAUUCUGUUCAAAAUGUGCUGGAUUUUUUGGAAGAUUCCAGAAGCUCUCUGAACUGUGACGGGUCAAUGCCUGGAACAUCAGGGGCUCCACCUGCUAAUAAUAUUGUUGACCAAGAUGUGUCCACGUCAGCUGUCCAAUCUUAUGUGCCUGGCUCAGUUCAAGUUCCUAGUUUACCAUCUGCUGAUUCUGGAGUUGUCCGAACUGUUCCGAACGUCCCGAAGGAAGUUUCCAGAAGCUCGGGGAACACAGAAGAUUCAACGCCUAAAACACUCGACACUCCACCAAUCGCUCGCGUUAAUAAAGUCGUCAAUGAAGCAUCUUCUACGCCAUGUACUGGUCAGACUUCUAUUCCUGGACCAGUCCCAGUAAACGCCACUCCGACUUCAUCUGUGCCAACUACACAGAAAGCUGAAAAAGAGCCAAACCUUCCACCAAAACGCUCUGAAAAUCCACCAAAGAAACGGAUUCCAGUCGCCAUACCUUCACUUCCAGUCGUACCAUCCAAUGUUUCUGGAACGUCUGCUACUGCUCAAAAAAUUACGAACAUUCCAAAAAAUCCCGAAAGCUCUCGGAACUCUGAUGGGGCCCAUUCUGCUGGUCCCUCUAAUAACCUUGCCAAUGGGGAACCGUCUUCCACGACAUCAACUGGCCUGUCCUCUUUACCUGAUUCAGUCACAGUGAGAGACCUUUUGAAGAAGUCUAUGCCAGUUACGCAGAGAAAAAGAUAUACUCAACGUUCAUCGCGAUACUCUGAAAACCCACCAAAGGUUUAUUUCGUUCUUCCUCUCCCACCAUCUAAUAUGCCCAAAACUUCUGCUUUAAAUAAAAAGGUGCAGGGUCCUUCAGAAGAUCCUAGAAGCUCCCGAAACUGUGAUGGAUCGUUGCCCGGCACAUCAGGGAUUCCACCGGCUGUCCGUGGUAGAAGAUCCGCAAAUGUUAACCCAGUCGCUCAAAGUUCUUCAAACACACGGUCACUUCCAACUCCACCUUCAGUCGCUACACGAAACAUUCCAUUGGCCAUCAGGAAGGAGUUAGCAGACAAUCUGAAAACAACUCUAAAAAUGACUCCGAUGCUUGCCUUGAAAUUGUCUCUUGAGUACAAAACGCCAAUCGAAUUGAUCGAAUCCUGGCAUGCAAGGCACGCGAUGAUUAAAAGACUGCACGAGUACCUUAAUGAGUCAAGAAAAGACAUUCAUCUCCAAUGGCAAACCAAAUACAACAACAUGCCCAUCAACUGGACACAGGCGACAUACGCGGCUUUGUACAUUGCGUUGAAUAAGCUUGCAAUUACAGGCAAAGUGGCCAUGCAACCGUUCAUUCAUGAUUUUCUCAAAAAGGAGAGCGCCAGAGAGCAGGAGGUUGUCCAAAGCUUUUACGCCAUCGAAUUCUCUCAGCUGGAUCCUGAUACCAGGAAAGUGGUCGACGAGGUGGCGCGGAGCGGAGCAAGUGUGGAAAAAAUAAAGAAUAGAGCACAGAGCUUACGAGUUCCCCACGAAAUCGUUUUCCACCGGCAAGUAGUUCUUGCUGAAAAUCGCCAAGGAGCUGAGAAGGUUGAUGAUACAGCUCAGCCACGUUCCUCGUCUGCUCCGGACGCGGAAAAACAAUUAAAGAAGAGCCAAAAACCAAUAUUGAAAACAUUUACGCGUUUCCAUUCGAUUCAAAAAUUUGGCCGAUGA